AUGCCAUCCUGGUCCAACAAACCCUCCGGCACCAUGACCGCCGCGGUCCUCACACCCCCCGGCGCUCAUCCCCCCACUGCAUGCUUCACCAUCAACCACACCUACCCCAAGCCCACCCUGCCAUCCGAGGACUGGGUCCUCGCGCGCGUCAGAGCCGCCGGCCUCAACAGAGCCGAGCUACGCGGACGUAACGGUGAUGCGCCCGCGCCGGCAGAAUUCGGAAUAUUCACAUCGGAAUACCAUGAGGAUCCGCCAAAGGUAGAGCAGUAUGCUCCUCACACCUUCAACCCACCCCCCUUCUCCCAGCUCCAAACGAUCCCUACCCGAGCCACCUCACCAACCCACCAUCCCCCAAGAUCCCAGGCGAAGAAUCCGUCGGCAGCGUCGAAACCGCCGGCGCCUCCACCCCCUUCCACCCCGGCGACCCCGUCGCCGGCCGGGUCUACGGCGGCGGCAAAGCCCACGCCAGUACGCCCUCUGCCACUCGCGGCGCUGCUUCUCCACCCCGCCCACCCCCCUGCCCUGGGACGUCCUCGGCGGCAUCUUCCUGAGCAUGUGGACGGCAUGGGGCUCCCUCUUCGACGCCGCGGAGCCGAACCGGGAGCUCGACCGUCCUGGCGCCACGGCGGCACCAGCAGCGUGGGCCUCUGGGCCAUCCUCCUCGCCACCGACCACCAAUGCACCCUCACCGCCACGACGCGCCAGGGGGAAAAAAUCGCCAAACUGCAAGACGCGGGCGCGCACCACGUCCUCCUGGAACCGGACCCCGACGCGCGCCUCCGCCCCCUCGUCCCCGAGGGCCUCGACCGCAUCCUCGAACCCGUGGCUCCGGACCGCAUCCUCCACGUCGCCCUCCCCGCCACGGCUCCGCCGUCGCGACGGGCGUGCCGUCCAAGGCGUGGAGCCUGGACCCACUUCGCGCCGUCGGACAUUCCCGCCGAGGCGGAAACUGACGUUCUACGCUACGGGGGAGGGGGAACGAGUGGACGGAGCAGGCGCCGCGGGUGA